AGAACGGAGUAUUUCUUCGUGUAGCAUGCUUUUGCUAGUAUGGAUUUACCCAAAGUGUAAAUGACUAAUAUAAACAUUUCGCACUCAAGUUAUUUGCGGUUAAAUUAAUAUGUCAUAGAUUACAACAUGCACUGAAAAGUUUAUUAGACUCAAAAAGCUGAGAGACUUGGCUUUUAGUGUUCGUGAUAACAGCGUGGCCGGUACAGCUGCAGCAGAUAAUCUACAUUCAUGGCAGAAAAGCAAGAAAAUAUGUCUCCAAUUGAGAUGAAGGUGGCACGACAAGUGGAGUACUACUUUGGGGAUCACAAUCUUCCAAAAGACAAGUUCCUCAAAGAACAGCUGCAACUUGAUGAUGGCUGGGUGCCUUUGGAGACAAUGCUCAAAUUCAACAGACUGAAGACUUUAACCACAGAAAUCAGCGUCAUUGCUGAAGCUAUCCAGAAAUCAAACACUGGCCUCCUGGAAAUAAGCGAAGACAAGACUAAAAUCCGGAGGUCUCCAGACAAACCCUUACCUGAAAUGAAUGAUGACUACAAAGAUGCUCUUAAAAACAAAUCUGUGUACAUGAAAGGUUUUCCGCUUGAAACUACUCUCGAUCAGAUUCAGGAUUGGCUGAAUGAGAAAGGCGCCAUAGAAAGCAUUCAGAUGAGAAGAAACCUGCAACGGCAGUUCAAGGGAUCAGUGUUUGUGUGUUUUGACUCUGAAGAAUCAUCCAAGAAGUUCCUAGAACGUUCAGACAUAAAAUCCUUCGAAGACAAUGAGAUGCUCGUUUUAUCAAGAGAGGACUACCACGCAAAGAAGGCAGAAGAGAGGAAACAUUACAAAGCAGAGUCCAAAGCAAAGGCUAAACAGGACAAGGAAGACCAGCAGAAACAAGUAGAAGACAAAGAGAUGGGUCUGCUUUUGAGUGAAAAGACGGGUUGCUUGUUGAAGUUCUCAGGAGAGCUUGAAGAUGUUUCAAGAGAAGACUUCCAUGAAUUGUUCUCUGGGCAUGGAAAGAUAAAGUGGGUGGAUUUUACAAGAGGAGCCAAAGAGGGCACCCUCCUGUUCGAUGGAAUUGCAAAGGAGGCAUUCGAUAAGGCCAAAGAGGCUCAUGAAGGGGAAUUGAAAAUCAAGUCCAACAGUGUGACAUGGCAGGUGCUUGAGGGAGAGGAGGAGAAGGAGGAAAUGAAGAAGAUCAUCGAAGCUCAACAAGAAUCAUUCAACAGAUCCAAAAACAGAUCUGGCGGGAGAGGAGGAGGAGGAAGAGGAAGAUCAGGCGGCAGAGGAGGAGGAAGAGGCAGCCGAAGGGGAAGAGGUGGCAGAGAUCAAGGCAGGACUCAUUUCAAGGGCAAGAAAACGAAAUUUGAAGAUGAUGAUGGUGACGCACCCUUAGCCCCAAAGAGAGAAAGAGAAGACAGUGAUGGUCCCGCAGCAAAGGUCCCCAAAACUGAAAACGGAUCUUAGUCACAAUAUCGCACCAGGAUUCUUUUUUUUGUUGAAACAUUUAUUAUAAACAGUGAAAAUGCAGAGGCCACUUAAAUCCAUUCCAGUAAGAGCUUCAGGUCGUGGAGAAGCGUAGGAAGUCCACCUGGAUGUCAACCUAGCAAACAAAUGGCAAAGCUUGGUGUCAGUUUUCAGCCUUUAAGUCUUUGUUUUUGUGCCUCAUUAUUUGUGUACUUGCAUUUCUCCACUUAAGACAUUUUUACAUGUUAUCAUAUAAACAUGAAUCUGCUCUUUGACAGUAAUUUAAUUACAUCUAAACAUUUGUUAGGUUUUUGUGCUGUUUACUUUUUCCCUUGCAGGUUUCCUGCAGUGAGUGGUAACAUUUGCUUUGCUAUUUUUUUACGUUUCCAUAUGUGAAUAGCAAAUAAAACAUUUACAAAAAUGA